GUGAAACUAUGCGCUGCUAGCUGCCAUUACAUCCACCGCCGUUAUCUCCAUGACUUCAUAGCACCAGCGCAUUCGAGCUUGCACACGUCUUCUUUUCUUCACUCUUCUCUUUCCCUUCUCACGCUCCUUCCCGCGAGAGGUUCGCUCGACGCCGCCCUCGCUCUUUCUGCUUUUGCUGCUUUUCACCUGCAGGGCCAGGUGUCACCAAAGGUUCCUUCCGACGCGCUGCAAGUUAUCGUCAUUGUUGCUGCAGCUCUCGUCCCACUCGCCCACGUAGCCUGAACAAGACUCACAGAGCAACUCAGUGCGCGGCGACGACAUGAUAAUCAACGCCACGAAGAAAGUCAAGACAAUGCACGCCAGGCGGAAUCCCAAUCUGUCGGUGUCCUCGGCCGCUUACUCACAGUUGAGUCCUAGUGUGACGUCGGCCACCUUCCUGUCUCCCACUGUGGCUUCCCGCCGUGGCCUCCUCUCGCCCUCUCCACCGCCAUCCCCAAGCCUCCCUUCCCUGGUCCCGCGCCAUGGUAAGAAGCAGCCGUGGUCGAGUCACUCUCGCCUGGUGAAACGUUUACUCAUUGGCUUUUGUGGAGUUACCAUUCUGGCAUGGCUGGUCGUUCGUCAGCUAUAUUCCCAUCAAUCGCAGACGACAGACUAUGACUAUGAGGAGGAAGAGUACGAGAUGGUGGGCGAUAGCCUAUUGCCACAGGAGCCCUCUGCCGUUGUAGUGUCUGAUAUUAAGGGUAAACCGAAGUGGAUUGUGUCAAUUCCAGCAAGCUAUGACUUCCCAUUGCGACCGGCCCAGUACCGAGAAAUAUGUUCUCAGUCCAUGGAGCUCUCGAAACAGCUGCGCCAAGAUGGCCAUACAUCGAAUGGCUUCGCUAAGCGAAUGCUUAAUUACUACUCUAGAGAUCAGUAUUACCUAGAUGUCCAGGAGGCUGAGGACCAGGGCCUGCUUCCUCCGUCAAAGAAUCAGGAGAGGCCGAAGGGAUUUGUGGACGAUGCGUCUAUGGUAGACGGCAAGGUUGCCGGCAACAGCAUGAAGGUGUGUGAUAGGACCCUGACAUAUGUCAUGGAGACAACCGACGCAGGCUUUGGUAACUCUUUGCUGCGCUUAUGGAUGUCGUAUGGAUUAGCUUUGGCAGAGAAUCGCACUUUCUUCAUCGACGAUACCCGGUGGCCAUAUGGCAAAUAUUCGACCUUCUUCAUGCCACCACCCUCUGCUGGUUGUCUACCACCACCAAAGCAGCAAAUCGUUCCCUGUCCGCACAACGCUCGCCAUAUCGCGGUAUCUGCUGCCACAACUCAGCAAACUUUCGGCCAUGCAUUUACCGACGAGUAUGAAGAUCCUACCAAAAUGGAAGUUCAGCGCCAACACAACAUCUUCGCCCUUCUUCGUGCUGGUUACGAUGCUCUAUUUAAGCUCCGCCCAGACGACUCGAAGUAUGUUACCGAGCGAACGGAAUCGCUCUAUGCGCCCAUCAUCAAAAACGGGGGUAUUAGCAUUGGCAUUCACGUGCGUCGAGGCGACAAACAUCCUUUCGAAUACCAGUACCAGAAGGAUUACAUUCCAUUGGACCGCUACGUUGACACGGCGCGAGACAUAUUUAUCGAACGCAUCGAAGGCGGAAAGUCCAAGAAGAAAAACAAACCCCGCUCUCUGGAAACCAAACUUACUCCGCGUCACACAUCUUCUAAGAUUAUCCUUGCAUCAGAUGACCCGGAGGUGUAUGAGGCAGCUGAGAUGGGCUCUUCCCUCCGUGCCCAAGACCGCAUCGUCCUUGCUACCAAAGCUACACUCGAGGCCGCUCAAGGCCACAAAAACCCCUGGAUUGACGAGAUUUCUGGCUGGGAAGGCGGCUUCUACAAGGAUGUUUUCUGGAGUCUAGGCCGGCCUGUUGGAAACGCAGAGGACAUGACCAAACUUGACAAUGACAAAGUCCCCGAGGACGCUAUGAGAUUACGGGAGCUUGUGGGAAGGGCUUACCUCCUUGAUCUCGCUGUCCUCGGCGAGGCUGACACUAUCGUCUGCACAGUAUCGAGCAUUGGAUGUAGAAUCCUCGCUGUGAUGCUGGGCUGGGAAAGCGCGAUUCAGAAUGGCAAUUGGAAGAAUGUCGAUGGGGAUUUUGAUUGGAGGGGCAUUACGUGGUAGAUCUACCAGUCAGCCUAUAUCCUUUGAUUCUAGUUGUAAAGCGGUGCGGCUGAAAUGGUGUUGUUUUCGAUAGAUACCCUACACGUUCGUUUCAUUUGUAGGAUUAGGAUCAAAUCUUCUUGGGUUGGGUAUAUCGAUUUUCAGUGGCGCUUUUGGCAGAUCAUAUUUUGCAUGGUUGGCGUUGCUUAUCCUUCUAUUGUCGUUUCUUUCCUUAUUCGAGGUUGGACGGUGCAGAGAGGUGUUGGUGCUACUUCUCUCGUCUCGGGAAGACAUUAGGCGGUUUAAAACAUCCUUGCGCGCAUGGAUGAGCUUUUCGGAUUGGGGCUCCGAAUGGUUGGGGGAAGUCAAAGGGUAGAGGGUGAU